AUGCAACGGUGGAAUCAGCAUUCGCGGGUAAAUCUCACGGAGAUGAAAACUCAGAUAGUCAAGAAAAUUGGGAUGGAUAGGACAAAAUUAUACUUCUAUUAUUUGAAUAAAUUCUUGAGUUUGAAGCUGAGUAAGGUUCAGUUCAAUAAGCUAUGUUUUCGGCUUCUUGGAAGAGAUAAUAUUCCAUUUCAUAAUCAAUUUAUAUGUUCAAUUUUAAAAAAUGCUUGGAAUGCCAAAAUCUCACCGCCAUUGAGUCAUGAUAAGGAGGUUCCAAAAUCUACAAGUAAUGGGUCCCACACUUUUCCAAAUGGGAAGGCGGAGUUUGCUUCUCAUCGGCCAACUGUUACAGGAACAGGAGAUAACAUAGCUUCAGAAGAUGGCAUAGCAAAGCUGGUGCAGCAUCAUCAAGUACUCCUGGAAAAAGAAGACAGAGAAGGGGAGGUUUUAUUUCACCACCCAACCAAAUUAUUGUUUUCAGAACAGUCAACGGAUGGUUCAUUUUCCGUACAGAAUAAUGCAGAGAGUGAAGUAUCUGUAGUUGAAGGCAGAAAGGAGAUAUCAUCUGCUGUAAGUUCACUUGUGGCUCCACUUGGAAUUCCAUUUUGCAGUGUAAGUGUGGGUGGUGCCUGCAAAUCUUUGCAUUUAGCAAGCAAUGAUAGAUACUCUUGGUCAUAUGAUAAUGGUGGAUUGUUGGACUCACAGUCGCUGCGAGAAAGAAUGCAACAAAUUGCCAGAGCACAGGGCCUUGAUGAGGUGUCAGCGGACUCUGCCAAUUUGCUGAACAUUGGUUUAGAUGUUUACUUAAAAGGGUUGAUCAAGUCUUGUAUUGAACUCGCGGGUGCAAGGCAUGGAUGUGAUUUGAUGUCAAAAAAUAGCCACAAGCGCAAUUCUCAUAUGAAGCUUGUUAAUGGUUUUGUAACAGGCCAUCAUAUGCAGCUGCAAAAUUGCAGUGGAAUCUUAGAUGGAAUGCAAGAGCAGAGAUCCCAUUUGUCAAUAUCUUUGCUGGACUUCAAAGUUGCUAUGGGGCUUAAUCCACAGCAGCUUGGGGAAGACUGGCCAUUGCUGCUGGAGAAAAUUCCUCAUGCAAUUGAAGACUAA